GUUCAAUACAGCGCCCUCUUUAAAUCUUUGUGCUAGUUAUCAACUAGAAUUUUACCUGUUUGUGCAAUUUGUUUGUUAUUGAUUGAUUGGUAGUAUAUCUAUUUGGAAUAUAUUUAAAAAUUAAGAAUUAAUGGAAUAACUGAAUUAUAUUUAUAACGUUAAAUAGUGAAAAUAAUUGGUUUCAAAUAAUAUUUUCCAUAAAUCAAAAACAUGUCCAAGAAAAAUAUUGCUGAGCAAGAAACAAAGAUUAAAGAUUCACUAUUCAACUUUGUUAAAAAUCACAUACCUGAAGCUGAUUUGAAUUUAAUAGAUGAAAUUGUUUUAUCUUAUGUUAUUGCCGUAUUGGAAGAUGUAGGAACAGAUCCAGUUUUUGAUGUAGAAGGUUUUUGUGAGAUGAUGGCCGCUUAUUUUCCUGAAUUUGAAUCAAUUAAUCAUGCGUCUGUUUGCCAAUGGAUGUUUGAACUGGAAGCCAAACUGCAAGAGGCUGAAGAACCUGAAGAAAAAGGUUCUACAAUAAAUAUAUCUCUUCCAGAAAUCGUACCAAAAACUAAACCUAGGACCACAAGUAUAAGUUCUGAUGUGGAUGGCCCCAAGAGGGUACAUAAGUUAUCUGAAAUGAGUGAUGGGGGAUCCACAGAUAGCUCCUGCUGUGAAUUUCCAGAUGAAAUGGAUAUUCUUCAAGAAAUGUUUCCUACAGUUUGUUGCAUAGAGGUUAAACAUUGUUUGGCAAUAGCCGCCGGGGAUAUCGAACGCGCCACACAAAUUUUAAUUGAUCGCCAAGAGAACGGACAAUGUUUGAACCAAAACAAUUCGCUGACGAUUCAAGUGGCCAAAAAAACGAUAGACGAUUCGGAAUUGAAAAAUCGCAUCAUAGAACGAUAUUCUUAUAUCGAUAAAGAUGCUUUUGCAAAAGAACAUAGACCGGUGGCGCCGAAAGUAGAACCGAAAAAGAUGGUGCGUUACCGCGACAACAAAAUAGUAAGUUUGAAAGGAGAACGUUUUACAGAAGUUAAAAAAGGCGAGGACGUAGACGACAUUUCUUUGAAAAAAAACAAAAAAGGCCAUACUCCGUAACCCGUAAUAAGUUUCAACUUUCCUCGAUCGGGUUUCAAUAUUAUAGAACACGGCGGCGAUUUUAAUUGGCUUUAUUUAUAUAAUGUACUAUGUGUAUUAACCGCGAAGGCGGUUCGUUUUUAUUAUCAAUACUCUCGAUUGUUUUGUUAUCUCGAAUCCUUUCUGAGGAUUUUCAUUAGUUUUAAGUAUAUAUUACGAAGUGUAAGGUUCGUAGGUAAUAUUUUGAAUUCAGGUAGUGAAAUUAUAUUAAGUAUAUAUUUAAUUCGCCUCAGUUUUAACUAGCUAUAAGGAGCAAGUGUUAGGUUAGGAUGUUAUUAUUUCGAACACCAAAAAAAUUAUUUUUCUAAUUGAUCUGUAAUAUUUUAUUUUGCAAAUCUACUGAUAGUUACAGUAUAUCAAAAUACCUAAACUCAAUUUGAAUCUCAUCUAUUUAUUUCUAUUGAAAUAUAUGUUUUAUCGAUGUAUUUUAAACGGUUUUUUUAAUUUUUUUUAUUCUUAUUCAAUAUAAGCAACCACCCUCUUGAAUUCUAAUGUGUAUUAAAAAAAUGUGAUAAAAGUUCGAAACUAAUAUUUCUACACUUAACUACUUGCUCCGUUUUAAAUGUAUUAUUAUUGGUAUUACUACAUUAAGUAUGUUAAGCUAGUCAAAUAUUUAAUGAAAAAAAAUCCUAUUUCUUCACUUAUUAAUCAUGAGUGUAAGAUGGUUACUCGACUACAUUUUGGAUAAAAUUUACAACAGUUUAUUACAUUAACUGUUAGAACUUUUUUGUUAAACUUUUAAAGCCACAAACAGAACUAUUCAAAUCACUUUUGCUGCUUAUAACAGAUAUUUCUACAUAAAAGUCAGUGGCGUAUUUAAAAAAUAAUGUUUUUAGGAUUCGGUACAAACUUGGUAUAUUUUAAUGUAAAAUUUUUGCAAAUUUAUCUUCUGAAUACAUUGAUAUAUCACAACCUAAUCUUCAAUAAGUUUCAGCUUCAAAAAUCAGAAAAAUUCAUAUUUGAAGCGUUCCGGGGCAAAGUGAUCUAAGUGCCAAAAUACGGGAAAAUGAAAAAAAACUGGUCAGUAACUCAAAUUUCUCCAUUUAUCUUUAUUAAAAAGAGUAAAACUUAUACAAAACAUAUAAAAAA